AUGGACAUGGAUAUGGAUAUGGAUAUGGAUGUACCUAUGCAUGAUGCUAUGUCAGAGCAAUUGAUUCCUACAAUUAAUGAAGAUUCAAAUAAUUCUGAUAAUGAAAAUAAUGACAACACUAAUAAUACGAUAAAUUCUAACGGAAAUAAUAAUGAUAAUAAUAAUAAUAAUAAUAAUAAUAAUAAUAAUAAUAAUAUUACUAAUAAUGGUGGCAAUGGCGGUGACAAUGAGAAUGAUUACCAAGAGAUAGAUUUUAAACCUGGUUCCUCUGGUAUAGCAGACAAUAAAUCAAAUAAACCUUUAGAACUAAACCCUUCAAAUAUAAACCAAUUAGAUGCCUGGAUUGAAAAAUUAUCCAAAUGUGAGAUCUUAUCUGAAGAUGACGUAUCAAGACUUUGUAGAAUGGCUGUAGACGUGUUACAAUUUGAGGAUAAUGUCCAACCCGUUAAUGUCCCUGUUACUAUUUGUGGUGACAUACAUGGUCAAUUCCAUGAUUUAAUGGAGCUAUUUAAGAUUGGUGGUCCUUGUCCUGACACAAAUUACUUAUUUAUGGGUGACUAUGUCGAUAGAGGUUAUUACUCGGUGGAAACUGUCUCCUUUUUGGUGGCUAUGAAAGUUAGAUAUCCUCAUAGAAUCACUAUACUGAGGGGUAAUCAUGAAUCAAGACAAAUCACACAGGUUUAUGGGUUUUAUGAUGAAUGUUUGAGAAAGUAUGGGAGUGCAAAUGUUUGGAAAAUGUUUACAGAUCUGUUCGAUUAUUUCCCAAUCACUGCAUUGGUAGACAAUAAGAUUUUCUGUCUACAUGGUGGGUUAUCUCCAAUGAUAGAAACAAUUGAUCAGGUUAGAGAAUUAAAUAGGAUACAAGAAGUUCCUCAUGAGGGUCCCAUGUGCGAUUUAUUAUGGUCCGAUCCCGAUGAUAGAGGUGGAUGGGGUAUUUCUCCAAGAGGUGCAGGCUUCACAUUUGGUCAAGAUAUCAGUGAACAAUUUAACCAUACAAAUGAUUUGUCCUUGGUUGCUAGAGCACAUCAAUUAGUCAUGGAGGGAUAUGCAUGGUCACAUCAGCAAAAUGUCGUCACUAUUUUUAGUGCUCCCAAUUAUUGUUAUAGAUGUGGGAAUCAAGCUGCUAUAAUGGAAGUUGAUGAAAAUAAUAAUAGACAGUUCUUACAAUACGAUCCAUCUGUUAGACCUGGUGAACCAACCGUAAGUAGGAAAACACCAGACUACUUUUUAUGA